GGUGGAAUGGCAUCCCAGUCUUUUAGAUGUACCUGCUCAGACUAAGUUUGAUUACAUGGUGACUGACCUAAAUGGAGGACCUCGACCUCCCUCACGCUAUGAGGAGCAAUAUAAAAAGACCACAUUCAAGGGUGGUGCAAUUGCGGGACAGCUGACAACAAUAGGGAUGCAGCAGAUGUUUGCCCUGGGGGAAAGGCUGAGGAGAAGCUAUGUGGAAGAAGCCAACUUUCUCUCACCAACAUUUAAGCCUGCUGAGGUUUUGAUCUGUUGUCAUUGUCACUGAUGAAGCAAGCUCUGAAAUCCUCUACCCCAAUUACCACAACUGCCAGCGCCUGAAAUGCUUGAGCAGGCAUAAGUUGAAGAAUGCUCUGCAACAGCCAGGUAUCUCUGAUGACUUGAAAACAAUUAAGGAGAAGAUGGGUAUUGAUGGAGAUAAGUCUGUGGAUUUUUUUCUCCUCCUUGAUAACAUUCUUGCUGAGCAGGUGCACAAUUUGCCAAGCUGCCCUGUGCUGAAGAACUUUAAGCAGACAGUUGAGCGUCGAUCUGUUGACUCGCUGCUUUUCCUUCUGGACGACGGUUCAAGAGAAGUUCUUCAGAUGAGUGUUGGUCUCCUUUUCUAUACGUUACAGAAGAACAUUACAGGAGCAGUAGAGCCCUCAUCUCCAGCUGAAAAGGGCAGAAAGCUCAUUCUCUAUGCUUCUCAUGACAUUACCCUUAUUCCUCUCCUGGUGGCACUGGGCACCUUUGAUCGCAAGUGGCCACCUUAUGCUGCAGAUGUGACCCUGGAACUGUAUCAGCACCGGCAGUCCAAAGAGUGGUUUGUUCGCAUGUCUUACCAUGGAGAGGAGCAAGUGGUGAAAGGAUGCAGAGCAGGUCUCUGCCCACUCGAAGAAUUUCUAGAAGUUCUUUCACGGUACUCAGUCAGUCCAGAGGAGUACAAUAACCUGUGCUCCCAAAUGGAGGGGAAUCAGGAAACUGACUCAUAAAUAAGUUGUCUUAAAUUAAAAUUAGUUUAUUGUCA